CUUUUCAAUUGGCUUUGUAGAGAAGGAACGCAACAUGGCUGAUCAAAAGGGUAGCCCCUCCGUGUCUUCUGAUGAGAAAGAUGGAAGUUCAAAUGCAAAGAAGGCAGACGAUCAUACUCAAAAUAACCAGAUGACGAACCAAAGUCAACAGGGAUCAUCUGCAGGUGAAGGCAGUAGUAAGAAAAGUUCGAAGAAGAAGAAGAAAGGUAGAAAGGCGGAGAGUGUCGCUUCGACCGGUUCCGCUAGUGCAGAAGCUGGGGCAAGUCGAGGAAGUGAUGGUGCCCCUGCUGCUGUUAAUAUGCAGACAUUAGUGCAAAUCCAGAGGGCCAUGGAACAACUAAUGGCUACAAAUAAACCAGCUCGAACGCCCAAUGAAGCAAAACAGAGGAGGUACGAGUUUUGGGACACUCAGCCAGUCCCCAGAAUGGAUGAAGAUAUAAAUGAGCCAGUUAAUGAAGCAUUGGAGCCAGAAAAAGUAGAGAUACGACAAACUCCAUACUCACUUCCAGCAGGCUUUGUAUGGGAUACACUGGAUAUUGAAAAUCCAGACACACUUAAGGAGCUGUAUACACUUUUGAAUGAGAAUUAUGUAGAAGAUGACGAUAACAUGUUCCGAUUUGACUAUUCGCCAGAAUUUCUUAAAUGGGCGCUGAAACCACCUGGCUGGAAGACGGAAUGGCAUUGUGGUUUGAGAGUAGAGUCUAAUAAGAAGCUUGUUGGAUUCAUAAGUGGAGUUCCUGCCAACAUACGGGUUUACACUCAUGAACAGACGAUGGCAGAGAUCAAUUUCUUAUGUGUCCACAAAAAGCUUCGGUCUAAACGAAUGGCACCCGUCUUGAUUAAAGAAAUUACCAGAAGAGUAAACUUGGAAGGGAGUUUUCAAGCUGUUUACACUGCUGGGGUUGUUUUGCCUAGGCCGGUUGCCACUUGCAGAUACUGGCAUAGGUCAUUGAAUCCAAAGAAGCUAAUUGAUGUCAAAUUUUCACAUCUGUCGAAAAACAUGACGAUGCAGCGGACGAUAAGACUUUACCGAUUACCAGAGGACACAAAGACUUCAGGUAUACGGCAGCUAAAGAAAGAAGACUGCUCGAAAGCGCAUAAAUUGCUGGUAGAGAAUCUAAAACGUUUCGACUUAGCGCCAGUUUUUUCCGAGGAAGAAUUUCGUCAUUGGUUCAUGCCCCAGAAGGACAUUAUUGAUUGUUAUGUAGUCGAGAAUGAAAAUGGUGAAAUCACGGACAUGAUAAGUUUCUACACACUACCCUCCACAGUCAUGAACCACCCCUCGUACAAUUUACUUAAAGCGGCCUAUUCGUUUUACAACGUCAGCACAAAGACGCCCCUAGUUGAUCUUAUGAAUGAUGCUCUUAUCAUUGCUAAAAGGAACAAUUUUGAUGUUUUUAAUGCACUGGAUCUUAUGGAUAACACAGAUUUCCUAGAAAAGUUAAAAUUUGGUAUUGGAGAUGGCAACCUGAACUACUAUUUGUACAAUUGGAAAUGCAUGGAAAUGAAGCCGGCACGUGUUGGGUUAGUUCUACUGUGAUCAACAUUUGGCGAAAAUUCGAUCGGUUGGUGUUGAAGUCGUAGGAUUUUGAAAUUUUCCUGCUGCCAUUUGGAAGCGUCUCAAAACUCGCAACCUGAUUGUGAUAUCAAAGACAGCGACGAGUCAAGCAUCCAAAAUAUGAGGCCCUUCAACACACGUUGAUAACAAUAUCUUUCUACUGAAAGUUGCAGCCGAAUUCUAUUUACCACUUUUGAAUGCAAGCAAAAUCAGAUACCUAGCCUGUUUAAAUAGUUAGCAAUUUCCCUUUCAUCAAACAAAAAUUUAUUAUCUACAUUCAGAAACCACAAAUUUCAAAUGUCAUGAGCACUUGUUGAACCUUAAAUAAAGCCAAUAAACCCAUUAAAUCAUCCUAAAUAGGUUAUAUAUUGUUCAUAUUACACUUAGAUUCUGUUUUGUAUUCAUCUAUUGUUUUAUAGAUUUAACCUACUACCGCUGUCACAUUGUUGAAAUACGCUGAAACUCGUAAAUGUUUCUCUUUUGUUCAGUGUUCACGACGGGUUUCUGUUUUUUUGGCAUGAAAUGUAAGGCAAUUCUUUUUGUAGCCAAUUCCUUUUGGCAUUCGCAAUGUAUUGAUAAUAUUCCUGUAGUAGAUGCAGUAUAAUAAUUAGUUGCUGUAAAAAUUUCAAAAUUACUAUUAAUUAUG